CCAAGCCGUUUUUAAGUACCUUACAAUUACAGUAGGGUUUAUGGUUUUAUGUGUUUGUCGCACAUUCCUCACCCUUUGAAACAGCAAUGGCUAAACCAAAAGAAAAGAAGAAGCAAGAUGACCAAAACCCUAAUCAAGAAAGACAAGACAAAAUGGAUGAUGACACACAAGACACCCAACAUCAAGAAAUUGACCAAGAAAAAUCAAACAAGAAGAAAAACAAGAAGAAGAAGCAUACUGUAACAAUUGAAACCGUAGCUGAAAACCCCAAUAAUAUUUCUCCAAUUGUUGGUUAUUUUCCAUCAGGUUAUGACCCUUUAAAGAACAACAACAAGGUUGUUGAUGAGGAAGUGAGUACCAAGUUAUAUAGGAAUGUGAAAAGAAGUAAUAGGUUACAGCUUGUUGUGAGUCCUAAUGGGUCACAGGUUGAUUUUGUUGGGACUAAUUAUUCAGGUGAAGCAACAUCAGCUCAGUUGUGUACUUACUCACUUGGGGUAUUGGAUAAAGAAACACAAACUCUCAAGAUUGUUCCUAUUGCAGCAAACAAGAUAAUUAGGUUGGAACCUAGAGUUAGAGGGUCAGAAGUACCGGAAACUGAAGAUCCAGAUACGGUCAAGCAAGACCAACUCACUGCAGAAGAGAGGAAUGACAAAAUGAGAGAUUUAACUCAAAUGUACUCAUCAAAGAAGUCUAUACGACAGGCUAGGAAGCUUGAUUCCCUACGUCAACAAGAAGAUACUGGAAAUCAAGAGGAAUUUGAUAGGAAUAUAGCAGGGGCAAUAAACAAAGAGGCUCUUGAAGUAGCCGUUACCACAGAAAAUGCGCGGAAUAUACCACCAUAUGAUCUGGCUGCCACGACACCGCAGUUGGCGUAUCCACUAGACAGGAUUAUUUUCAAUGGAGAGUGGGAUUAUCUUUUGGAUGUUUUUGAACUCACGAAAGCUGGGGCAGAUAUGACACUUGAUCUUUAUCCAAGCUUUGUUUGCAACAGAUCCUACAAAUUGGAUCAUAUACAGGACGAAUAUGAGAAGAAAAGGCUGGCAGGCAUAUUUGCAUUCAUUACUCAUCUUGUUAAGUUCAAGGAUAAACAUUCCAUGGAUGGCGUAUCAUCUGCAAAGCAUCACAAGAUUCCCGUCAUCUUGUUCCAGAAGUUCUCUUCAUUGUUUGCUGUUACAGACUCAAAAAGGCUUCCGGAUGACAAAUUAAAUCUUCUUGUCAGCUAUGUUUUGGUGCUUACUCUCAUCGCUGAUGAUUUUCGUAGCGAUCCAACUGAUAUAGCCAAAGAUUUGAGAAUGAAUGCUGUAGCAUUGCGUGUUCACUAUGAGUACUUGGGUUGCAAGUUUGUUAAAGAGAAAAAUGUACUGUUGGCUACUCUUCCUGUUCCACUUCAAUUUCCAACUCUAAGGAGGAAGAGAAGAAGGUAGAUUCUCUUUUACAUAAGUGAAUAGAGUAAUAGAGGCGCCAAUUGAGCAGUGCAAAUGAGAUGUGGUUUUCUACUUAUCUAUAUUUCAACGGCAACCUUAGACAUUGAGAUCCGAUGAAACACAACGCGUUCAUUACAAACGUCGGAUCAUCCCUGUUGUCAGUUUUUUUUCUUGCUGUCAUAUUUGUUUGCCAUCAAUUUUGAAUACCUAUUAUUUGUUGAAAGUUGAAACUUGAAUUUCUGAUAUGUAGCGUUGUAAUGCAUGCUGUACGUA